AUGUCGAAUACUGAUGUUGCUGAGCAAGCUGCUAUGCCAGUCAUGAGUGAGCCACCGGCUGCUGCACAACGAUGGGAACGAGAUUUUUCGCUGACAAAAACUGAUAAUAUUGCAUAUGAUUAUAUUAUUGUUGGCUCGGGCUCAGCAGGUGCCGUCUUAGCUAAUCGUCUGUCAGAACAAGGUGAUAAACGUGUUCUUCUUAUUGAAGCGGGUGGUACCGAUACCAUGAACGAAAUACACAUACCAGCUGGAUGUGGCAACUGUCAGCGUGUUGACUUUGAUUGGCAAUACAAGACUACUCCUCAAUUUCAUUCACACUUUGGUUGUGUCAAUCACCAGAGUAAUUGGCCACGUGGUAAAGUGUUAGGCGGUUGCUCUUCAAUAAACUACAUGCAAUAUGUUCGUGGUGUUUCACAUGAUUAUGAUAAUUGGCAAUUACCACAAUGGUCAUUUCAAGAUAUGUUACCGUAUUUGAAAAAAUUAGAACGUGCUGAUUCGAACAAAAUUCCGUUAAAUGAAAAAUAUCGUAACCAUGAUCAUGAAAAAGGCAUGAUGGACGUAACAAUACUUGAAGAUUCAAAUCCAAUAAAUCAGCUCUUCAUCGAAGCAUGUCAGAAGAAUGGAUUUCGUGAAACUAAAGAUUAUAAUGCUGAAGAAAAUCUCAGUGGAUGUGUAGGAAUGUCACAAAUUUCAACAAAAGAAGGCAAGCGUUGGUCAACAACAAGUGGUUAUCUCUUGCCAGCAGUUAAACGAGAAAAUUUUGAUUUGCUAAUAAAUGCACAUACUUGUCGAGUGGUAUUCGAUGAGCAAAAACAAGUAACUGGUGUCAUUGUUAAACGUAGUAGUUCAUUGGAUAACGAAGAGUUUAUUAAAGGUAAAGAAAUUAUAUUAUCAGGCGGCACAGUUGGAAGUGCUCAAAUUCUUCUUCUUUCUGGAAUUGGCCCUCGAGAAGAAUUAGAGAAACUUCAAAUACCGGUGAUUGUUGAUUUACCUGGUGUUGGUAAAAACUUACAAGAUCAUCUUAUGACUCUCCUAAUCUAUCAAACUGGAAUUCCAACACUUUCCGCUAGUGAUCUCACACCUGAAAACUUACAAAAAUGGGCAAUUCAAGGAAGAGGUCCUUUAACGUCAUGUGUUGUUGAAUCAUUAGCUUGGUGUCAAAUGAGCGGGCAUGAUAAAACACAAGCACCUGAUAUUCAAAUACACAUGGCACCGCUAACAAUAGACGCUGAACUUUUUAAGAACUUUAACUGCAAACCAGAAGUUUUUGAACAAUAUAUGAAACCACAUUUAACUGAUGAAUUGCAAUGGACUAUUUUAUUUUUACCUACGCUUUUACAUCCUAAGUCAAAGGGUGAAAUUACACUUGCAAGUCGUGAUCCUCUUGUACAUCCAAUAAUCAAUCCAAAUUAUUUAGAAGACAAAGAAGAUGUUCGUAAACUGGUUGAAGCAUGUAAAUUAGCUGAUAAAAUUUCUCGAACUGAACCAUUGAAGGUUACACUCAAAAGUAUGGCAAAAGUAAUGUAUAUUGAUCAAGUACCAGAAAAUGAAGAUGAAUUUUGGGAAUCGUAUAUUCGUAAGUAUACUAUAACAGUUUAUCAUCCGAUUGGCACAUGUAAAAUGGGAAAAGAAGAAGAUUCAAUGACAGUUGUCACUCCUGAUACACGAGUUAAAGGCGUUCGAGGCCUACGUGUGGUCGAUGGAAGUAUAAUGCCCAGCCUUGUUUCAGGCAAUACAAAUAUUCCAAUAAUUGCAUUGGCGGAGAGAGCAGCAGAUUUAAUUAAACAAAAUGCUUAA